CUAAUAUUACAGAGCAACUAAAACUUAGAAACGAAACUGCAGUUAAUAUAUCUUAAAAGUGAAGAAAUCUAAUGCUGCGAAUUGUUUGUUUACAGGUGCUUGAUGUGAACGAGCGACCAACAGGUUUCGUUUUGUCCUCGACAAGCGUCCCAGAAAAUAGCCCCAAAGGCACACUGGUCAGCAAUAUAACUGUAAUAGACCCUGACGAUCAGGGAACUAGAGGGCCCUGGCAAAAUCAUUCCUGCCGAGUUUUAAAUCCCUCCAAUAAUCCUUUUAUGGUCAACGGGACAGAAAACUCUCUUAUUGUGACCGGUGGUUUGAACUACGAGAAGAAGAAAAGCUAUAGCGUGUAUAUUCGAUGCCUCGAUAGUGGAAACCCGCCUUUAUCUUUCGGCAAAAUUGUCAAAAUCGACGUCACUGACGUUAACGAGCCUCCCUACGACAUCACACUAUCCAACAAUGAGGUCGCUGAGAAUGCCGGGAUCGUCACUGUGGGACGUCUGGAUACCGCUGACCCGGAUAAUGAACAGACCGUGGUACAGACGUUUAGUUAUAGUAUCGUGGAUCCUUCUGGGAGCGUUCCAUUUGUCAUUGCUAAUGAUGCACUCAAUACUACAAGAAGCUUGGAUUACGAAGCUAGAGCCACGUGGACGCUGGUUAUCAAAUCUGUGGACAACAAAGGCCUUAGCACGACAAAGAAUUUCACCAUAGUCGUCAGGGACAGAAAUGAUCCGCCCACGAACCUUACAGCCAGCGCUCCUUUAAGUGUUUACGAAAACAGCCUAUCUGGAGAGUACAUAGGGAGCUUGAUCACCGCUGAUCAAGAUGUUGCACAGACGCACCAGUACAAGAUUGUCGAUGUCGUAGCCCGGGGACACCGCACACAGAGUUCAUCUUAUCUUCUUGGUCUCUUUGCUGUUGAGUCGCCUUCAGGGCGUAUAACCCUUCAGAAGUCUGGGCUCGAUUACGAGCAGUACGCCAACUACACGGUGACCGUGAACAGUACAGAUAAUGGUUACCCGCCUUACUCUGUGACAGGCUCGUUUGUUGUCAACGUGAGAAACGCCAAUGAACAACCGCAGAAUAUAUCACUGACUGCAAACCAGGUAAUGUAUUGUUGGAGACUGAAAAGCGAAACACCGUUGAAAAUAGGAGCUGGCGAUUUUACAGCGUAAUUUUUAGGACAAAGCAAACUUAAAUCAGAUCAAUAAUGCUUUGAUUUGAUAGAACUGCAGUAGAGAAUUCACAUGAAUCCAUAGGAAGGGAGGAUGACUGACGAAGAUGGAAAUGGAUAACAAUAUGAAUGAGCAUAAUAACGUGAGGCUCGAAUUUUCAAGUUUGGUUUGAAAAUCUUUCGAAAAAUUCAGUUUUUAGCA